UAGUAGAUUUAGAAAAAUAUGAAGAAAACGAUUUAGGAGAUUAUGAAAAUAUCGAAAUUAAGUUUAAAAGUGGGAAAGGUCAACGGAGCAAAGCACCCGAACCUUUGAAUAAAGGUGAGUGGACUAAACCUACUAAUUACCAAGAACAACCAAAACAGCAAAUUUUAGUUUCAGGUUUAGGAGAACAUCAGCAAGAAAUAUUAUUAGAAAAAGAAGUGGAGAAUUUGGAGGAUGAUGAAGAGAAGUUGGAACAGUUGGAACAAGAAAAAGAACAACCCAUUAAAGAAAUAUUAAUUGAAAGCCACAAGGCUUCCCAAAAGAAAUAA